GGCGCCGGGUCUGGCCCUGGCCUCCGGGCUAAGCGCCGGCCCCUGGGCUGCUGGUGCGGCAGCCAUGUGUGGACCUUGAAGCGCUUUGGCAGUUCUGAAGGGCUUUAUAUUGCAAACUGAUCAAAGCGCUUUGUAGCCCCGGAAGCGCUUAGGCAUCUCCGAAGUAGCGCUGUACAAAGUGAAGCGGUGGGUGAUCUCAGAAGCACGUUGUGGGCUUGGGAACCAACGGAAGCCUUUAGUAAAUUUUGAAUCGUUUUGACUUCUCCCACACGGUUCGGCAUCUCUGAAACCUUGAGAACUGUGAUGGGCAGUGGAAAGAAGAGGGAAAGGUGCCCAUGGCGUCCGAGAGGCACAAGGUCAAGUACAACUGGAGCAGCACGUCGGAAGGGUGUCCCAGCAAGCGCAGCUGCCUCCGGGAGCCCGGCCAUGUGGCCCCCUCCAGCCGACCAGCUCAGAGCUCUGCGUGGCCUUCGGGAGAGCCCGGCAGCCCCAAGCGCCUGAAAGCCCAGAAGGAGGACGAUGUGGCUUGCUCACGGAGGAUAUCCUGGGGCUCAUCCCGCCGCAGAAAUAACUCCUCCUCCUCUUCCCCCCGUUUCUUGGGCCCAGGUGUGGGCGGGGCCGCUUCCAAAGGCUGCCUGAUUCGUAGCUCUCGGGGUUUCCUGUCGUCGUCAGGGGGAUCCCCUCCGCGUCCUGCCAAUGCCUUUCUAGAAGAAAUGGCUUCUCUAGAGGAGGAAGCCUGCAGCCUUAAGGUUGAUUCCAAAGAUAGUGCUCAUAAUUCCACAAACUCUGAAUUUGCAGCUGAAGCUGAGGGUCAGAGUGAUAUGAUCGAGGAACCCAACAAGGUCCAGAAAAGGAAGAGGGAUAGACUUCAAGACCAGGGCUCCACAAUGAUCUACUUAAAGGCUAUCCAGGGCAUCUUGGGGAAAUCGAUGCCAAAAAGGAAGGGAGAGGCUGCCACUAGGGCAAAACUAAGCACAGCAGAGCGUCGCAGCCGUGGAGAAGGACCAGCAAGGAGUGAAGGACCAGCCAGGAACGAAGGAUCAGCCAAGACUGCAGAAGGAGCAGCCAGGAAUGUCACAGUCACUUCGGCUCAGGAGAAAGAGUCAACUCCAGAGGUCAGCGUGAAGGAGGACAAGGCCAUCCCAGAGAAGAGCAGCUUCUGUGACAGGAGGGUAGUUAUAGACCCUCAGGAGAAACCCAGUGAGGAGUCCCUUGGAGACCAAAGGACGGUCAUUGACAAAUGCUCUCAACCCCUAGAGUUCUUGGAUGACUCUAACUCUCAUUUAGAAAAUCAAAAGCAUAAAGAUAGGGAGGUGGUGAUGGAGCAGCCCUCUUCUGGCAGUGCCUGGUCUGAUGUUGAGGACAUCUCCACAGUCAGAUUCUCUCAGGAGGAACCUGUCUUGCUGAAACCCUCAGCCGUUCCAGAGCCCUCUUCCUUCACCACUGACUACAUCAUGUACCCGCCUCAUUUGUACAGUAGUCCUUGGUGUGACUACGCCAGCUAUUGGACCAGCAGCCCCAAGCCUUCCAGCUACCCCUCCACAGGGAGUGGCAGCAAUGAUGCAGCCCAGGUUGGGAGGAGCAGCUGGAGCUGCCUGAGUGAUUAUUCCCCCAACUCUUCAGGGAGCGCCCAAAACACCUCCAGAGACAUGGAGGCCUCAGAGGAAGGCCGGUCCCAGAAUUCUCGUUCAUUUCGCUUUUCCAGAAUCUUAGAAGAAAGAGAGGUGAAGGAGAAAAGAACGUUCCAAGAGGAGACGCCACUGCGUCCUUGUGGAGGACAUUCAUCCAACUCCCUGCCAAAGAGCCACUGGGAGCCAAGCCUAGAGGAGGGCGUCAUUGACACCCACUGUCACUUGGACAUGCUCUAUUGCAAGUUGUCUUUCCAAGGGAUCUUUAAAAAGUUCAGAAAAAUUUACAGCAGCUCCUUCCCAAAGGAAUUUCAGGGUUGUAUCUCUGACUUCUGUGACCCUCGCACCUUGACAGAUUGCCUAUGGGAGGAGCUAUUAAAAGAGGAUCUGGUGUGGGGGGCCUUUGGCUGUCACCCUCAUUUUGCACGUUACUACAGUGAGAGUCAAGAAAGAAAUCUUUUGCAAGCCUUAAGGCACCCCAAGGCUGUAGCAUUUGGGGAAAUGGGCUUGGAUUACUCUUACAAGUGCACCACGUCUGUCCCAGAACAGCACAAGGUAUUUGAGAGACAGCUGCAGCUGGCUGUGUCUCUAAAGAAGCCCUUGGUGAUUCAUUGCCGAGAAGCUGAUGAAGAUCUGCUAGACAUCAUGAAAAAGUUUGUGCCCCCUGACUACAAGAUCCAUAGGCAUUGCUUCACCGGCAGCUACCCGGUCAUCGAGCCCCUGCUGAAGUACUUUCCCAACAUGUCUGUGGGCUUCACGGCAGUGCUGACAUACUCUUCCGCCUGGGAGGCCCGGGAAGCCCUGAGGCAGAUCCCACUGGAGAGAAUCAUCGUGGAAACGGAUGCUCCCUACUUCCUUCCUCGCCAGGUUCCCAAAAGCCUUUGUCAGUAUGCCCACCCGGGCCUGGCCUUGCAUACGGUCCGAGAGAUUGCCAGGGUCAAAGAUCAGCCACUCUCCCGCACCUUGGCUGCCUUGCGUGAGAACACCAGUCACCACUACAGUCUCUAAGCAGAGAUGGUACCGUCAUCGGGAGUCUGCCAGAAAAGGGCAAUCAGCAGCCUGACAGAACGCAGCCUGGCUUGAAGUCUGUGUUCCAGAUUGAGGAUGUGUUUGGAGGGCUGAUUGGAACAGAGAAAACCAGGACAGGAUAUUUUCCUCAAAGUGGGUUAUAAGGCGUCAGCUUCUGGGUGGUGGGUGGGGUGGGGUGGGUGUGGAAUGAGGGGUAUGGGGACUCCCUGUAAUAGCAUUGGGGUUUUGCUUCCCAGCCAAAAUGCUCCAGGGUAGACAGCAAAGAAGAAAGAGUGUGAAAUGAGGGUACAGUGAGUUUGCCAGUCCAAAUCCUGUUCUCUGCAGCCUGUGUUUUUGAGCAGUUUGUGAAUAAAGUUACCUGCCUACUCGUCUAAGCAAAA